CCCACUGCUCCCUCAAUUCUACACUACUAAUACCGUUCCACCAUCCACCUUCACUCGAAUCUACCCACCCACAGACACACACACAGACACACGCACAGUCACUUACUCAUACCACGCAAUGGCAAAGAAAGCCUUCGACCCCUCCAGCCUCCAGGCCUUCGGCCACGCCGCUGCCGGCCAUGACGGCGUCCUAUCCGACGCAUCCGGCUCCGUGGUGGUGAAGCCAUGCACGCAAGCCGAAAUCGACUUCUACGAAUCCGUCACCGCAUCUCACCCCGACUUAGCCCCGCACCUCCCGACCUACAUGGGCACGCUUUCGCUUGGGGCGGACCAGAAGGUUGUCACAGGAGACGCAGAGUCCGGCAUGAUCCAGACUGCUAAUGGCCUUGAGCGUCUCCAUGGCAGGAAACUAGAGACUGAGGUGCAUAUCGUGCUAGAGAAUAUUACGCACGGGUUUAAGAAGCCCAAUGUUCUGGAUCUGAAGCUUGGGGCUCAGCUAUGGGACGAGGCAGCGAAGCUAGAGAAGCGGGCUCGGCUGGAUGAGGUCUCCGCUAAGACGACGAGUGGGUCGCUGGGAUUUCGGAUUGCCGGUAUGCGCACCUACAAGGGGGAGCCGGUGCCUGAGGUCGAUGAGACUCUUAAAGAAUUUGUAGACAAGAUUGAUCAGAGCGGGACGUGGGUGUACAACAAGAUGUAUGGCCGCAAGUUCAACGCAGAGGAUGUUAUGGAGGGGUUUGUUGCCUACGUGCUCCCACAGUCUAGAUCAAAAGCCGGUUUGGAAAGAGCUGAAGAGGUUCUUACCUACUUCUCGAAGGAAGUCGCAGAUAUUCAGAAAGCCUUCGAGAGCAAAGAGAGCAGGAUGUACUCGGCGAGUAUACUCCUUGUAUAUGAGGGUGAUUUGGAAGAAUAUGCGAAAACCAAGGAGACCCUGGCCGCAGCGGCCAAAGAACCGACGGACGAAGACGACGAAGAGAAAGAUCUUCCGAAGCUUGCAGCUGUCAAGAUGAUUGACUUUGCUCAUGCAACAUGGCAUCCUGGAAAAGGACCGGACGAGAACGCGCUUCAAGGCAUAAGAAGCGCCGAGAAGAUAUUGAAGGAUCUCCUAGAUCAAGUCAAGGUAGAUCUUGCUAAGGCUUGAAGGUCUGGUUCGAUGUCGAACAUUUGGUAGAUAUGCAUUCUAUUUGAACGCAACAUGGAUCUACAUAGCUAGAUACCCGCUAAUG